AUGGAGUCUGUUCCCAAUUUUAGCAGUAUCAUCCACUCACCGUCAUUCACCUUCCUCGUCGGCCCACGACAUACGAAGCUGACAAUCCAGUCGGGGCUCGCCCAGCAUGUCUCCAAACCACUCCAUAAUCUCAUGAACGGUCCGACGAGGGAAUCAAAACACCGAAUCGCCGUUCUGGAAGAAGACGAUGUUGAGACCUUCGUCGCUUUCUGCGAGUAUGCAUACACCGGCGAUUAUAACGUGCCUCGUCCCGAGCGGGAGGUCCAGGAAGAUCACGGGCUUGGAGUAGUCGAGAGCUCGCCGAGUACCGCCACCUGGAGAGAGAAUUACCGGUCUGGUUCAAUGUCGUCGACUGUCCCACCCCCGGCUCCGUCGCCGCCUCCGCAGUUUCGCCAUCGGGGACAAGGACCGUACCAUCAGUCUGCGCCUGAGCCCGAGCCGCCAGUGCCUCAGCCCGUGUCUGAGCCUGCGCCCGCCGAGGUCAAGGAACCGGUUACUCCAACCUUUGCGCCAGAGCCUGAGGCCGAUUCGGUUCCAGAACCUGAGGCUCCAGUCGAUGCAGCAGAGCCAGAGCCAGCGCCAGAGACAUACCACGAAGCAGAGACUGCACCAGAGCCACCAGCCGAGGACGUGCCUCCUGCCGACGAUAAAUGGGCGGUUCCGACCGAAGAACCUGUGUCAUGGGAGCCAGAAGAACCCAAGGCAAACAAAAAGAAGGGAAAGAAAGGGAAGAAAGGCAAAAAGCAAGCAGAGCUUGUCGAAGAAGAACUUCCCGUACCAGCUGAAACUGUCAGCCUUACGCCGCCAUCAACACCACCGCCAGAAGUUGCUGCCGAGCCUAUCCCAGAGCCAGAAGUAGAGCCCGUUGAAGAAUGGGCACCCGAAGACCCUGCCCCAGAACCAGAGUUAGAACCGACUGAGCACUGGGAACAGCCAGCUGAAGAGCCUGCACCUGCGGAAGGACCGAUGGAAGAUUCCUGGACUCAAGACAGAAGCGAAGGCACCAGAAUUACCCAAACACAGCCACAAAGACCGAUGCUCGACAUGUCCUUCGCCCAACAGCAAGCAUCCUCACCCUGCGAGCCCGGCCUCAGCCUAUGGGACGAGUUCACCUCCCUACAAUACGACGAGCCAGCAACCUCCAAGCCCAUCCCAAUCGAGACGCCAAGCACCGGCCUCCCCUACAUCACCUUCCACGCGAAAGUCUACGUCUUCGCCACACGGUACCUAAUCCCCGCUCUCGCUCAGCUUUGUCUCCGAAAGUUGCAUCGCGACCUGCUCCUUCUCUCGUCGACGGACUUUGAAACCGCCGAUCUCGGCGACUCCCAAAUUCUAGACGGCUUGGCAGCAACCAAGGCGCAGAUGAUACUGGAGCUGGUGCAUUAUGCAUACACCAAGACGACCCGACUGGAGCCGAUCUCGCCGACGUCCGCGACACAGCUUCGGGAGAACCAACUGCGCCGACUGGUGGUGCACUAUGCGGCAUGCAACGUGAAGGAAUUGGCACGAUAUCAUUCGGCAGAGGAUUCGGCCUCGGCAACGCCUUCUUUGCGGCCCGUGGAUGCCAAGACGGAGCGGGUUGAGAUUUCCACUUCCACUUCUCCGAAGAGUCUUCGUGCUUUGUUGGAUUUGACGACAGAGCUGGCCUCUGAUCUUGUCUACCGCAUGAUGUGA